UACGACGGGACCGAGUUGGUCGAACACACGACCAUAAGCGUCGCGUGCGCAUCUGGGAUUGUCCGCCGCCGUUGGUCGGGUUGAGCAGACCCUCGACGGCCGAGAGGGGUGUGACGGUCGGCAGAGUCCGUAGGCGGUUGCGCAUAAACUGCGCCCGGGCUGCGUGCGCGAGCGAUCAAACGACCCAGUACGCCGUCGCCUCCCCGAAUCGCAACCGGAUCCGACUUCGUGUGAUCCCGUUCCCACGUACCGUCCGCAGUGCCUCGAGAAGGCAAUAACCCGUCCAUCCACGAUGGCUAGCAUAUCCAUGGCGACGGGCUCCGGGUCGUCGCCCGUUUACGAGCGCCGUCUGGCCCGCAUCCAUCGCUACCACUGGCCCGCCAUCCAGCUCAAUGUCUGGAUGCUCGUCAUGUUUGCCGCCUCAUGUUGCAUUAUCGGAAUCACUGCAACAUUCAUCAACGUCCAGCAGCAGCUGGAGCUAUACGUGCCAUGGCACUUCCCAUAUUUCAUCACGGUCGCCGUGUUGAUGAUCGUCUACAUCACGGUUCUGCUGUGGCUGAUAGCCCAGAGGCGGCUCCUGCCCUCUAUCGUCAUCAUCGGCUCCUUCAUCUGCUUCGUGCUCUGGAUGGUCGGGCUCAUCGUCAUCAGCAUAGAGCUGUGGGGCCCCGUCGGCUCGGUGAGCUCAAAUUGCAACCUCUUGGUUUGGAGUCAGUCUCCUACCGGGAACAAUCAGGCGACGCUGGCCUGGCUACAGGAAAGGUCCAUAUGUCAGUCAUGGCAAGCCGUCUUCGCCUUCGGCUUGAUAGGGUGUAUAUUUUUGCUAUGGAUCAUCGUCAUGGCGAUACAGGUCUUUUAUGACGAGGCGUGAGGGUCGGGCGUGUCAGGGCGAGCAGAUACGGAGAAGCCAUUACGAAUCUGUGUGCGGGUAUGGGGGCUGGAGCCGUGUAGAACCGGCGCGCCAUCCCUUUGUAUGAAGAUGAUUCACAACGCUCCCUAGUCAAAUCUUGAUCGGUUACGUAUGUACACCUGAGGAUUUGGCGUUGAGACAAUAUUUAAUGAAUAGAAGUUUCUGUUAACAUGGCUAGCUCGCCAGUAUUUAACACGAUAUACUAUUCGGAUGAAGCCGCUUAUUCUUCAAAGUUCCGA